AUGCUCUUGACGCGUUGCAGCGCGACUCGCAGCUCGAGCUGCUGCUCUGACCGACUCGACACGCUGCUCUACGACUCUCUAGCCUCUCUUACGUGCAACAGUGUCAUCUCCGAGUCUGCCCCAAUGACAUAUAAUCUGACGCGCCAUGCCUCAGACCUUCUUGACAAGUACGGGGACGCACCAGCCUCCCUUUCGAUCCAAUUAUACCCCGACCACUGGACACUGAACUCUGGAUCCAAGUUUCUGUACAAUAGCCCGGCGGCUGCUCUCCUAGAUGAUAUCAGAGCAAGCCGGAUACCUGUAGAUCUCCUUGAGCUAUUCGAUGCGGCCAAGGUCCCCUUCUAUGAAGGGUGUAUGAUAGUCGAGCUACAAGACUAUACGAACAAGUCGAAAGACAAGAGAAUUCCCGAGGAAGCUCGGCCACCUUAUACACUCACACGCUGGGUGCUUCGUCCUAAUCCCGAGAGCAUCUGGGCCGACCUAUGUCUAUUGAACCAGAAGACAGGUAGCAAGUGGACGGACCACGAUGCACUGGAAGUUGAAGCGCGUAUAUUACUCGCCACGUCAGGGCCCAUCUGCCUCGACCCGGAUCCUCACCUUGGCCGUAUAGCGAACAGCAUGUACAGGGUCUCAGCCCCCAGAACCCCUGUGCCUUUGCGACCGAGAAAGCGGAAAGCUGCGGCGUUGGGUCAAGGCGAGGCAGACGAAUUAGCUUUGGCACGCAAAGCGAAGAUUAUGCAGUUCAUGAACCCACAACAGAAUCGCUCUGUGACUCCUUCAUACCGGGUACUGGAUCUGAUAGAACGGGUGAAGGCGGGGAAAAGUGGCACGAACGGCACAAGUAGGCAGCCAUUAGAUGUUAAACCUCCACCGGCCGCGCCAACACCUAUACCUCAAGCUGUUCCCGCUCAGCCGCCACGGACGUCGGCCACCCCUGUCUCAGCUCAAUCCUCUGCUCCCGAUCCUCAGAAAUUGAAGGCCCUCAAGAAGAUUGAGUCGGGCGAUCCAACCCCCACCAACGCCGGGACGCCUAUGCCAAUACCGACGCCGGCUCCUCUUCCUACACAACUCGCUCCCCACCUCAUUCGACAGCUCCAACCAUCACCGCGACCCACCUCACGCUCGCCACAUCCUGCCGCUGCGAGUGGCUAUAUUGCGGCGUCAUCGGAGCCCCCAAGGCCGAUGGCGUCUCCAGCUCAUCCUGCUGCCACUGCCUCGCCACACGUACAUGCACUCCAUCCUCCUCCACCCACACCGCAAGCACAGACACACAAACAGGCAACACAACCGCAUCCACAACCGCAUCCACAACCGCAUCCACAACCGCAUCCACAAUCGCAGCCGCAGCUGCAGCCACCACAAUCUAGGGCACGACCUCUGCAAGCAUCUCAAGCUAUGCCUCAGCCCCAGCCUCAGCCUCAGCCCUUGCCUCAGCCACAAACGCAGCCGCAGACGCAAACACUCAUGCACCCUCACUCACAAACGCCGCAAGCUCAAACUCAGUCGCUACAGCCGCAACCACACCUUCAGCAUCAACAUCCGCAACCUCACCUUCCAUCGCAAUCGCAUCCGCCAUCCCGCCCACGCCUCACGCCUCAACCACAGCCGCCGCUUCAGCCACAACCACAAUCACAACCACAACCACAACCACAACCACAACCACAACCACAACCACAACCACAACCACAACCACAACCACAGCCACAGCCACACCCGACGGCACAGCAGAUCGCAUACGCCCAAGCCCAACUUCCUACACAGCAAGCUUAUCUCCAGGCGCUGGCAGCAUUCAAACAGAACAAUGGUGCGAAGACCAUGACACCACAGCAGGCGCAACAAAUGCAACAGUACUAUCGAAUGAUACGCUAUACUGCUAGCCAGCAACAAGUACCCCUAAUGGCGCGCAGUCCUCUGGUCCAGGGUGCACAGCAGGUUACGCGAGGAGGGACGAGCAGUCCGAUGGUCACCAACCAAGCCCAACCCAUCGCCAACCGUUCUCCCAUGCCCGGUCCUCAGCAGCAACACGUGCCACAACAACAACAACAGCAGCAGCAGCAGCAUCACGCAGCGCAGCCGCAGCAACACACACCACAGCAGCAGCAUCAACAACAACAUCAGCAGCAGCAUUCCCAGCACCCGAAUGCCGCCCAUGCCGCCCAAACGAAUAUGAUGUUCUCCCAGUACAGUCCUGCUCAUCUUCGAGCAAUGCAACUCGCCCAUCAGCAACAGCAGCAGCAACAGCAGCAGCAACAGCAGCAGCAACAGCCUGAUCAGGCCCAGGCCCAUGCUCAAGUGCAGGCUCAGGCUCAGGCUCAGGCUCAAGCUGCACAGGUCCAGGCGCAGAUCAUGGCUCAAUAUCCUAUGUACGGUGUGGCUCAGAUGCGAGUGCCACAAGGAUACGCUGCAUGGCCGGUGGGAUACCCAAGGGGCGUGCCGACACAGCAGGGUCAGGUGCAGCAAGGUCAGGUCCCGCAGAUGCCGAUCAACGUCAAUAUGAACGGAAACAAGGCUGGCCAGGGAGGAGCUGGCGGAAGUGGAGGUAUGCAGGGACGAUGAGUGGUAAUUAUCUAUGAUCGUUUGUAUUUACUAUUUUCUUACUCCAUGGGCUCGACGGCAUUUGUUCGGUGUGUACUCGUACGUGUAAAUGUAGUUCAUUUCGGAUGACUCAGUUUGCUAGAAUUGUUUGGCUCGACAUCUGAUUCUGGCAAUCGAUAUUUUGUUCGCUAUUCGACUAGUUGUCUUACUCGCGUUGCGUAUCAGUGGAAAUGGGAUGAAACUUGUUCUCCC